AUGUUUGUUUUCUUCUCUAAUUAUUUCAUCUCUCUACUUGUGUUCCUCUUCUUUCCACAGAUUUGGGUUCAGCUGGAGCAUCCGAAGCACCUCACUGCUACAUUCCGCAACUUGACUUCUGUGGCGCUUAUCAAUAUCUUUCCUGAGUGUGAUCUGAGCUGGACCCUGUUUAUCCUUGAGGUUGCACCUGCCCUGCAGAAUUUCGAUUUGUCUCGAGACCGGCCUUCAUGUUUCAACAUUCCCAAGGAAAGUGCUGAGAAGACCACCAUGGUGUGGGAGCCAUCCAAGGAUUUGAAGCACCUGAACUUGAAGUUGCUCCAGAUAUUUGGGUUCGAGGAGGAAGACAAGGUGACAAACUACAUAAGGCUAGUCAUGGAGCGAGCUGUGGGGUUGAAGAGAAUCAAGCUGCGUGGUGAACUCCCAUGCAAGAAAUGUGAUGCCAUUGACCCAAGGAGGUCCCAGGUGGAUGAAGCUCGCAGGAUUCGAAUCAAGGAGCGACUCACACGUGGAUCCUCCUCAUCCGUGGAGAUAAUAAUGUGCUGACAGAUAUGGCAAGGAAUGCUAUGUCGUUUCAAAACAAUGUUCGCAUACCUGAAAAAUUGUUUACAAUUAAAAAAAAUCAUAAAUCUUAAA